AUGUCUGCCUCCUUCGAUAUCGCUCAUGUAGAACAAUGGAAGGCCAGUUUUUACAGCCUGAAUGCAAUUUACAUUUGCACGUUAGCUAUAUGGGUGUAUGAUUACAUCCUAACGCUUGACGAUGAGGUUGUCUACAUGCGAAAAGCUCGCUUCCGGCUAGCCAAAUCAUUUUAUGUCGUUGCCCGCUAUAUGACGUUCCCUAUGCUGGGCCUCCACCUCUUCUAUAAUUCUUUCUCGGGAGACACUCCAUCACUUUGCCAGAAACUCGUCACUCCAGCAACUGUGCUGAGCACGUCCGUAGUCCUUGGAUCAGAAUCAUUAUUCAUUAUGCGUGUCUACGCCCUAUGGGAGCGUAACAAGCGGAUACUGGUUCUCAUCGUGACAAGCUUGGUGCUUGUUAUCCUCGCCACUAUCCUCGUCACGUUCCAACCGCCGACGUCGGUCGUUAACUUCUUCCUUGCCUCCCACCAGUAUGCAUACGUCGCCCUCUUCUACAAUUUACAGGUGGUUUUACAAGCUCUACUUGUAACCCGGAUGCACCGCAUGUUGUGGCUUAACGAGGACCAGUGUAACUGGCGGCCAGGUCCCACCUUUACCAUCACCGUGGCGGACGUUGAGAACUCUUCGUUAUGGGAUGAUUAG